AUGGCCGACUUGCCCCGGGCAUCAUCCGCUGCUCUCACGCUUGUCCAUCCGACACUCGCCGAGAAGAAGCAUACUUGGACCCUCAACUCCCAAAGCUGGGGAACUGCUCUGGCAGUCGACGAUUACCUCGAGCGUGAAAGCUACCUCGCCAGCAUUCCAGCAACACGAGAUGGCGGCGUUACACACUGGAUCCUCACCGAUAGCACCGCUCCUGCCGAAUCUCGUCCUGUACUAGCAUGCUGCGAAUCUCUCCGCCGCCGUGCUGUCAUCUCCCUCCCUGGCAGCCCGACAAAAGAAGUUAUAACCCAUGGUAUCGGGUCCGUAUUCUGUCCACCCGCCUACCGUGGCAGAGGCUACGCAUCCCGCAUGCUCGCACUCCUAGCACCCAUUCUCAAAACGUGGCAAAAAGAGGAAGGGGAAUGCUACUUUUCGAUUCUGUACUCUGACAUUGGCAAGAAAUACUAUGCUGGUCUAGGAUGGGAUGUCUUUCCCAGCGCCCAUAUCUCUCUUCCAGCUCUUGCUGCUCCGGUGACUAAUGGGGUCACAACAAAUGGAACAAACGGGGUCACAGUAAAUGGAACAAAUGGGGUGCACAAAACGAAGGCAGGGGCAAGGACACUCACCCCUGCUGAAAUUGCCCCCCUUUGCGCCCUUGACGAGCAAUACAUCGGGACCGCCGUUCAAAGCACCGCUAAACAUAUGAAUAAACCAGCCGUAGCACUCCUCGCCGAUUACUCCACCAUGGAAUGGCACCACCUCCGCGAAGACUUCAUGUGCGACAAGCUUUUCCAAGGCAAAGUACCAACGAUCAAGGGCGCUAUCUCUUCUGGCGACAAAGGCUCACGCAUCUGGACCAUCUUCACGCGAAGCUUUUACGGCCCAUUGCAGGACCCGAAGUCGGGGAAUGUACUCCAUCUUUUAAGGCUAGUGAUGGAGGAUGAGCAAGACACCGAGGAAAACGCCCAGAAGCUAAAAAGCGUGUUGGAGGUGGCGCAACGCGAGGCAGGGACGUGGGGGCUUGCAGCCGUGGAAAUGUGGAAUGUAAGUCCGGUGGGUAAAGCACUUCUGGAGAGGACGGGUCUAGAACAUAAGGCGGAGGAGAGAGAGGAGGAGAGUAUUUGCAGUUUGAUGUGGUAUGGCCCUGGGAAAGGCGGGGUAGAGGGUGUGGAAUGGGUUGCGAAUGAGAAGUUUGGUUGGUGUUGA